CGACGCCCUUGGUGGUCAAAGUGAGCCCGGGCGUCAAAGAUGUUCGACCCUUCAUCGUGUGCUGCGUGCUGAAGGGAGUCAACUUAAAGCCGGGAAAUGCUUUGAAGAGGUUCCUGUCAGCGCAGACUAAACUUCACGAAGACAUCUGUGAAAAGCGGACAGCAGCCACUAUUGCCACCCACGACCUGCAGCUGAUCAAGGGUCCUCUGAUGUACGAUGUUCAGCCUCCUGACCAACUGAAGGUAACGCCCCUGGGUCGAAAGGAGAUCAAGGCAAAGGAUCUCCUCCGUCAGCUGCAGCUAGAAGCUGAGGAGCAGAGGAAACAGAAGAAGCGUCAGAAUGUUUCUGGAUUGCACAAGUAUCUCCAGUUACUGGAUGGCAAAGAUAACUACCCGUGUCUUGUGGAUGCUGAAGGCGUUGUGAUUUCUUUCCCACCAAUAACCAACAGUGAGAAAACAAAGAUCAGAAAAGACACCCGUGAUCUGUUUCUGGAAGUGACAAGCGAUACCAGUUUACAGAUAUGCAAAGAUGUCAUGGACACGCUAAUUCUGAAAAUUGCAGAACUGAACAGAUUUACUUUGGAAAAUGAGGAAGACUCAGGCUCGGAUAAUGAAUCUGAUGCUCUUCGUGGACCAGCGAAUUUGCACCCUGGCCAAAAUGUACAGCCCAUGAAUUCUCCAUUGGUAGUGGAGCAGGUUCGAGUGGUGGACACAGAUGGAAACUUGAAAGUACUUUAUCCUUCAAAAACUGACCUAACCACAGUUUCCUCUCUUCUGACUGUAAUACGUUAG